CGACUUAGAUGUUUCAGUGUUUUUUCUUUUUCAAAAUUUGUUUGAUGUCAAUUCUUGUGAUAGAAAUGGAAACCCCUUCUACACAAAACCCGCAUCAUAAAUUCCCUUGAGCGGUGUUCAUGUUUCUACUAUAUCCUCCUUGUUUUGUUGAAUAACAACAUUGCAUUGUUUAAUUGGUAGCUUGAGUGAAGUCAUGGGAAAGGAAAUGAUACCUAGCCCUCCAGACCCUGUUAUCAUUGAACUUAACAGGUUGGAGAACAAUCUCAGAGAAAAGGAGAGGGAGCUGGGAGUUGCUCACUGUGAAAUUAAGGCCUUGAAGGUGACUGAACUUCUGAAGGAUAAAGCUGUAGUAGAGCUAAGCAAUGAGCUGACAAAGCUUGAAUCGAAGCUGAGAAAUGUCGAGAAACAUCUUCAAGAUAAGAAUCUUGAGAUAAAAAAACUACUGAAUGAGAAGAAAGAGGCAUUGGCUGCACAAUUUGCGGCAGAAGCAACUCUAAGAAGAGUUCAUGCAAAUCAAAACAAUGAAGAGUUUGUUCCAGUUGAGGCUAUUAUAGCUCCCUUUGAGUCUGAUAUUAGAAAGUACAAAUUUGAGAUUGCAUCUCUACAAGAGGACAUAAAGGCAUUAGAGAGACUAAUAAAAUCCAAAGAUGUAGCAUUAGUAGAAGCUGAAAGAACAUUGCAUUCUGCUAAUGAACGGGCAAUGAUUGUAGAAAAUUUGCAAAACCAGAACCUUGAACUGAAGAGGCAAAAAGAGAUAUGCCAGGAAGAAAACAGACUACUAGAGAAAGCGAACAGGCAGAAGGUUUUGGAGGUUGAGAGUCUUUUUCAGACUAUCAGGGAACUUGAGGAAUCCAUUCUUGCUGGUGGUGCAGUUGCUAACGCGGUCCGCGACUACCAGAGGCAGGUCGCUGAGUUAAAUGAAGAGAAGAAGACUCUUGAAAGGGAACUGGCCAGAACUAAGGUCUCAGCAAAUCGCGUGGCAGCAGCAGUAGCAAAUGAGUGGAAAGACGAAGGCGAGAAACUCAUGCCUGUCAAGCAAUGGAUAGAAGAGCGCAGGUUUUUGCAGGGAGAGAUACAGAGGUUGAGAGACAAGCUAACUAUAUCAGAACGAACUGCCAAGGCUGAAACUCAACUCAGGGAUAAAUUCAAGCUGAGGCUAAAGAUACUAGAAGAAGGUUUGAAGGGUGCAUCAAAUUCUGAGCCAGUGAAUGGAUCUAAAUUUUGUAAUGGAAGUAUAAACAAGCGAUCAUCAUCUCAGACAAGGGCUUUUGUUGCUUCCAUUAGUAGUUCAGUCCUCCAGCAGCCUGAUCCAGUUUCAGUUGUGGAAUCAACUGGAAAAAUAGUACGAACAAAUAGCUUGAACAAAAAGUUCAGUGCUAGGGAAAUUCUUGCUAAAAAGAAUUUAUGGGCCCCAAGAAGCAAAUUCUUUGAUGGUCGCGGGAAGGAGAAUUCAGAAGAAAAGGUUAAUUCUAAUGGGCAUGUACAUGUUAUUAGUCCUGAAAAAGAAGAGGUUUCCAAAGAAGUGAAAACCAGUGAUUAUGACGAUAUUGCACCACAAACUAACGGUAAUCUGGAAGAUAAGAGUAAAGAUUUGGUUUCAGGUUUUCUUUAUGACAGAUUGCAGAAGGAGCUUAUUGAUUUAAGGAAAUUGCUUGAGCAGAAAGAUGGAGCAUUGAGUGUGAAGGAUGAUGAGAUCAAGUUGCUUCGAAGAAAGAUCGAUGCUCUGAGCAAGGCAUUGGAAGUAGAGUCCAAGAAGAUGAGGAGAGAAGCUGCAAUAAGAGAGAAAGAAAUAAUGAUCAAUUUUGAUGAUAAUAAACAAAAACUCAAGGCUACAAGCAAUUACAAAAGAUCUGUGAAGUCACUGAGUGCAAGCACUUAAGUUUGGAAAGGAUGAAGUCUGCUUCAUGAGAAGCCAAGGGCUGUACUUGAAUUGUUGGGUCUAUUUGUAAAUAUUAAACAUAAGAUAAUACAAGUUGUUAUGAAAUUUCCUUUGUUAAUACUGA